UCAAAGCAGAGUACAUAAGUACUUCUAGGUCCAACAACCAACAUGGGUGAACGUUGCAACAUUUCCACUUCCUAUUGUGCAAGAAGUUAGAUUAUUUAGAACUAGUCACGCAAGGCAGUUCUUCAUGUGUAAUAGAGUAAGAGAACUAGCCUCUUGUGUGCAACUUGGCAGCAAUGGAGGCGUCUGGAAACGUCGCGACAGGUGAUCAAAAGAAACAGACUGAUUCGGAGGAAAUCCGAAGGCAGCAGAACUCUCGAAGUCAACGCCAAGCAGCUCAGGGCAGAGGCAGAGGAUGGAGAGAACAAGGGAAUGGGGAAAGAAGAGGGCAAGGAAAGAGUAAAGGAGAGCAAAGAGAAGACAAAGGCAGCAGGCACAGGAAGAAUACUGAAAGACCUCAGGAUACAAAAGAGAAACACAAUUUAUCACAUCAGACUGGCAAGAAAUCAGAUAACUCGUUCCCACAAGGAGCCGAGGGUCAAAGCUUUGAAUCUUCGGGAAAACAAGUCACAGCCCAAGAUAUUGGGGACUUGUUAAGCGUCAUUGAUAAUAUCAACGCAAAGGGUGGGAAACAAAAUGUAGUAAAGCCAGCGAGCCAAUCCCGGUUUGAGAGACGUGGGUCAGGGUCAGUGCCUAGAGGCAGAGACAAGAGGCCUGAUAGGUCUGGUGCAGGUGAAGAUGAUUGGAAGCGCCGGCCACAUAGUGGAAAAGACUAUAGAAAAGGAAAAAAUUCAAGCCGAGGCUAUGAAGACUCUACACCGGAAAAUUCUCUAUAUUAUUACAUGCCAAAACAAAGAAAAAAACAAGAUAAAGAUGAAAAAGGGAAAGAGGGAAACCUUGUAUAUAAAAAUGAAAGCACAGUAGAAGAAUUUCCUGUUGAGUUACAGGAUGUUAGAUAUGAAAGAAGCCAACAGAAUCAGAUAGGUUUGGGUGCAAGGGGUGGAUUUAGAAACGGAUUUGAUAGAAAAUCUAGACCAGGUGGUGGUGAGUCCAGACAGAGUUGGCGCAGAGGAGAUGACCUUGCAGUUGGUGGGAUCCAGCAGAGGGCACCGGACAAGAGGAGGGACAAGAUGAAGAAAUUGGACCCUGAGUCACAGACAGCUUCCCUGAUAGAGCAGCUCCAGACCAACAGCUAUGAGUGCAUGGUGUGCUGUGAUGUCAUCAGGAGGGAAGCUCCACUCUGGAGCUGCAAGAGCUGCUUUCACAUGUUUCAUUUGCGGUGUAUUAAAAAGUGGGCGCGCUCGCCUGCCGCCAGUCUGGAGGGUCAGGACAAUGGGUGGAGAUGCCCCGCCUGCCAGAAUGUCACCCGCAAGGUGCCAAACGCUUACAAGUGCUUCUGUGAGAAGGUAUGGGAGCCUGAGUAUGUGAGGAAUGACACACCACACUCCUGUGGAGAUGUCUGUGGGAAAAAGAAGGACCAGGACUGUCCACAUCUCUGUACCAUGCUGUGCCACCCAGGUCCCUGUCCACCAUGUCCUGUCAUGGUCACCAAGUCAUGUCACUGUGGAAAGACAAAGCAGUCUGUUCGCUGUUCGCAAGGCACAACAAUCAAGUGUGGCACCCCUUGUGGAAAGAAGCUGAACUGCAGCGUACACACCUGUGAGGAUAUCUGCCAUGCUGGAGACUGUCAGCCAUGUGCUGUUAUCCUAACUCAAGCUUGUUACUGUGGCAGGGUAGUCAGGGAAGUGGUGUGUGGGGGUGAGGAGUGGACAGGGGAGGAUGUGGAUGGGGACGGGAGCAGCUUUUCCUGUAAGAAUGUAUGUGACAGAGAACUAGAGUGUGGACAUCACACCUGUGAGGAGCUGUGCCACAGCGCCCCCUGUCCACCCUGCCCCAAACUGCCAUCACAAGUCAAGUUCUGCUGCUGUGGCCAGACCACUGUGGACAAGCUGGAGGAGCUUGGGGAAAAUGGCAGCCGCAAGACGUGCUUGGAUCCCUUACCAACCUGCAGAAAAACCUGCAACAAGCCUAUUGGUUGUGGAUCUGAUGAGUCUGACGAAAUCCACUUGUGCCAGAAGACCUGCCAUGCAGGGAAGUGUGGGCCUUGUGAGGGGACUACAAAACUCACCUGCAGAUGUGGAUGGAAAACUCAGGAACUACCAUGCAAAGAUGUCAAAGGUCGAUCAGUGGAAGACGAAUUCCUGUGUGACAAAAGGUGUAACAAGAAACGGAAGUGUGGGCGGCACAAGUGUGGACAACCCUGUUGUGUGGAGUUAGAUCACACCUGUCCGUUUGUGUGUGGCAGGAAGCUGAGCUGUGGUUUACACAGGUGUGAGCAGCCGUGCCACCGAGGGAACUGUGAACCUUGCUGGCAGACAAGUUUCGAGGAGUUGUACUGCCACUGUGGAGCAUCAGUUCUGUUCCCCCCGGUACCCUGCGGCACACCUCCCCCAGAGUGCCACCGCAUGUGUUCCCGUCAGCACAGCUGUGAGCACCAAGUUCAACACACCUGCCAUAGUGAUGACAAGUGCCCUCCCUGCACCUUCCUCGUACAGAGGAAAUGUAUGGGGCAGCAUGAGUUGAGAAACAAUGUGCCUUGUCACAUCACUGACAUCUCCUGUGGACGACCCUGCAAUAGACUCCUCCCCUGUGGUGUGCAUCAAUGCCUUCGCAUCUGCCACAAGGAUGAGUGUGUGAGAGAAGACGAGCUGUGCGAGCAGCGCUGUAGUAAACCUCGUCAGGAGUGUGGGCAUCCGUGUGGUGCACCUUGCCACCAGGGCACUCUCUGUCCCAGGACUCCCUGCAGGGCCAAGGUGACAGUGAGGUGCAAAUGUGGAUUGAGGAGUGAAAAAGUACAGUGUAGUGAGACCCAGCUAGAACAUGCCUUCCAAAGACUGACCACUUCCACCCUGGCCACACGGUGGGGAGACAUGCAGGCUGGACAGUCAGUGGACAUCAGUGCCCUGGUCAAGAUGGGCAAAGACGGCAAGAAAAUCUUGGAAUUGGACUGUACUGAGGAGUGCGCAGUGUAUGAGCGAAACAAGAGACUGGCCAUGGCUCUGCAGAUAGAAAACCCAGACACGUCUUCCAAGCUGGGACCACCUCCUUACACAGAAUUUCUCAAGGAGCAGGCCAGUAAAAACAAGAGCCUUGUGUCAUCGGUUGAGGAUGCUCUAACUAAACUGGUCCAGACUGCAAAAGAGUCGAAGCAAAAGAGUCGUAGCCACGCUUUUCCGCCCAUGAAGCGGGAAGAUCGCAGAGUGAUCCAUGAACUGUCGGAGUUCUAUGGUAUUGAAGUGAUGAGCUACGAUGUGGAACCCAAGCGGAACUGUGUGGCCACAGCUUACAGGGAUCGAUGCUGGCUACCAGCUGCAUCCUUGGUAAGUGUGGUGGAGCGGGAAUCAAACCCCAAACCUCCCCCACCCAUACCUCACCAUAUCACUGACAAAGGAGCAAUAGGAAAGUCUUCUCAACACACAGUUAUCCCAGCAAAGAAUGCCUGGAGAGGUCCCAGCAAAGAGCCUGAUGUAGAGGUUAUAGAUUACUUCGACAUGGACUAGGAAAGUUAAAAAAGGAGGUUUUGUUUGUCUACUGUUGUUGAGGCAUCAGAAAGAAUGUGCAUCUGGCACUCUGUAGUUCUAUAUCCAUCACCAGGGGCUCCUGGAUUACCUCUAUGGACUAUUUUUUUUUGGUCCCCUUUUCGUGACCUUUAUAAAAGCUUAAUUUUAGAGACAGGGAUUUUAUUUGCCUAUACUGUGCAGCCAUUGACCAGCUUACAGCCAAUCAGAGAAUCGCCUAAAUGUUUUCUUUAGGUAAAGAUGCAAAAGCCACUGGCAUUCAAGCUACUAACUAGUCAUAUUAUGCCUAACAUUGCCUUUAAAAAAAGUUGCUAAAUGAUUUUGACGGUGAGGCUAUGGGACCGGUGAGGUGAGGUGAUGUCAUGCAAGAUUUCUGGAGUCUUCAACAGGACAGUUCAAUACUGUUUUGGGGCAAUUGGUGAUGUUCUCACCAGCAAUCUUGCACAUAACACACACAAUGUUACACUUUCAUUGGAAUUUGAGCUAAUGUUUUCCUCAAAAUGUCCUUACAAAGUUUGACAUUGUUGGCAGAAAUUGAUCUGGAACCCUGGUAAAGUAUAGGAACUGUUACAGCAUACAACGUUCAAUGGACCUUUUUGUUUCCAAGCUUGUUUCUUUGGUUCCAAAUGUAAACUUAAACGCAAUCCAUAGUAUGCUAUUCUGGCCUGUUGUAGAGAGAGAAGAAGACCUAUGACAAACUAGUCAAGCUGAGAAAAAACAGCAGCUUCAUGAUUUUGUUGAUUGUAUUCUUAUUAUUGUUGAAUAUGAAGGUUGUAUACGACUAUGCCCAACUGUAAUUUGAUACACUAAAGCAAGGAACCCAAACAUAGGAAUGCAAUCUACAUGACAAGAAAUGCUUCUAUGAACAAUUCAUGACAAUAUUACUCUGACCGGUGGGGUGAGGUGAUUACUCUGAAAACUCAUAUAAACUAUUGUGUACAGAUC